CCUCCACAAAGUUCAAUGUCGGAGGAAACUUUCGAUUGAAAUGAGAGAGCCGGCAAGUGGACGACAAGAUGUCUGCAGAUAUUGCGAGCUCGAGAGAUAUGGGCAAACCAGAAAAGAAGCGGAAAAAGGACAAGGAGGCAGGUGACAAGGAGAGGAAGAAGCGGAAACGUGAAGAAGCGGAGGAAGAUGCUGUCGCCAAUGCACAGCCUGAGAAAUCAAAGAAGAAGCAUGAUCGAGACGAGGUGAAGGAGAAGUCGGCGAAGAAGCAGAAGCGAGAAGAAGCACAACCAGAUGCCGGUGCAGAAUCGAAGAAAGAUAAGGCGGCAAAGAAGCGAGAACGAAAAGAAGCAAAGCAAAACGAUGCUGCGCCAGAGCUACCGACGGAGAAAUCGUCGAAGAAACGAAAGCACGAUAAGCCUGGCAAGACCGAUGCCAUCCCUGACACCCCACAAGCCGAAUCAUCGACCAAAAUGAAGCACAAAAAGCGGAAAGAGAAAGCAAAAGCAUCGAUCGAGCCAACGGAAGAACUCUUACGAACCCGCUCUCCCUUCGUCAAACAAACCACCUCCUUCUACCUCCCGCUAUCCCCCUGCGCCCACGAUUUCCCUCUCGAGGGUCUUUGCGCCGAGCACAUCUCCCCUCACCUUCUGACAUACUAUCCUCCUCUCUCCGGCGUACUGCUCUCAUACUCGAAUGCACGCAUAUCAGAGCAUCCCACCGAGGCUGUACAAUCAAAGAGCAGGAACCCCCAGCCGAAAGAAGUCCUUGGCCGCAGUAUCAACGAGUACGCGGUAACAUUCGUCUGGCUGACCGCAGACUUCGUCAUCUUCCGGCCGCGCAAAGGAUGCUGGAUUGAAGGGGAAGUGAGUUUGCACAAUCCGACUCUGCUGGGCCUGAUGUGCCAGAAUUACUUCAAUGCGGUCGUUGAGAAAGAGAACCUCCCGGCGGAUUGGGAGUGGAGCGGAGACAAGGAGGAGGCUGGAAAAGAAAGGAAAAAGUCGCCAGAGCUGGAGAACGAGGACGAGCGCUGGUUGGAUGGCGCAGGCAACGAAGUGACGGGGAAGAUUGCGUUUCGUGUCGUUGACUUUGAAGCAACGCCUGGAGCGGAUGGGGCGGGGGGCACCAUUAGCAUCAUUGGAACUCUUCGCGAUAAGACUUGAGCGAGCGAUGCGGCAAAGUGCAGAAGGCGACUCCUCGAGACGAGGCUUUGGAAGAAACAUAGGAUAUCCAAACCGGCCUGCGUAGGCUAACACCUCCGCCAUCCCCUCAC